GGGAGGAGGGAGAGAGCGGGCGAAAGAGAAGAGCCCAGAGAAAGGGACAAGGCACAUCCUAGGAAGCGGGUAGAAGAGAGACUCCUGUAGGAGAGGAACCGUGGGCGGGGAGAGGAGAGGAAACGUUCGCAGAGAAGGGCCUGGAGAAAGAGCGCAGGGAUCGAGACUGCUUCCAAGCAUCCGACUUCUUGAAGAGAUCGAUCGACGGCCCAAGGCUGUUCCCAGGUCUGGGGGACAAAGCGGCAGUGGGCACAGAGAGCGAAAGGGACCCGGCGCCAGCCCAUCGAGAUGGUGUAACUUAGAGCGUGAAAAUGGUCUUUGUCCAACUUUUCUGGUGCCGGGAAGCAGGUCGGCACGGCUCUAGCGGGAAGAGCUCCUGCGAAAAGCUGCUUGAGUAAUGCUGGGAAGUGAAGGGGCUGUUGCUGGAGUCCUAAAAAAGUCUCAUCUGCAGCUGGGGGAGCGACUGCCUUCCUGACAGAAAAUGCACCUUGGAUCUGCUGUGUUAGAACGAAGACAGUAUUUCUGUGUGAAGCCCUCUGUGCUUUGAUUUGGGAAGAUAUUAAAACACUCCAAGAAAUCCCUGACUAGUUCAAGGGAGUGGUGUGUGUUUUUUGAAGAUGGUGGUAUCUACAGAGAGUCUUAAUGGAUUCUAAUGCUGGCAUCAGUGCAAGAGUGGUGGGAAUGGGUUGGCUCUGGAUGGUCUGGUCCUUUCAUCUAGUCACCUCGCUAGAAGAUGUUCAUCCUGACCAGCCAGAAAGGGGAACGGGAUGAGGCCCGUUGGUGGUGCUGUUUCUGUUUGCAUGACUGAAAUACUUCUGGAUACAACUGGAGAGACCUCAGAGAUUGGCUGGAUCACCCACCCUUCUGAUGGGUGGGAUGAGGUAAGUGUCCUGGAUGACAAGAAACGCCUGAUCCGGACCUUUGAAGUCUGUAAUGUGGCUGAACCAGGUCAGAAUAACUGGUUGCGUACUCACUUCAUAGAGCGACGUGGAGCCCACCGAGUCCAUGUCCGCCUCCGUUUCUCAGUGAGAGACUGUGCCAGCAUGCGCACUGUGGCUUCUUCUUGCAAGGAGACUUUCACACUCUACUACCACCAGUCGGAGGCUGACAUAGCGUCUCAGGAACUGCCAGAGUGGCGUGAGGGCCCCUGGACCAAAGUGGAUACUAUUGCAGCUGAUGAGAGCUUUUCCCAGGUGGACAGCACUGGGAAGGUGGUAAAGAUGAAUGUUAAAGUACGUAGCUUUGGGCCACUCACCAAGACUGGCUUCUACCUGGCCUUCCAGGACUCAGGAGCCUGCAUGUCCCUGGUGGCAGUCCAAGUCUUUUUCUACAAGUGCCCAGCUGUGGUGAAAGGAUUUGCCUCCUUCCCUGAAACUUUUGCUGGAGGGGAGAGGACCUCACUGGUGGAGUCACCAGGGAUAUGUGUACCAAAUGCUGAAGAGAUAAGCAUGACUGGGUCUUCAGGUGUUCGGUUGCACUGCAAUGGAGAAGGGGAGUGGAUGGUGGCCAUUGGACGAUGCACCUGCAAGGCUGGCUACCAGUCUGUUGAUGGUGAACGAGCCUGCCAAGCCUGUCCCCUUGGUUUCUUUAAAGUAUCUGUGGGAGAUGACCCCUGCCAUCUAUGCCCUGCCCACAGCCACGCUCCACUGCCAGGUUCCAGUGAAUGUGCGUGUCAGAACCACUACUAUCGAUCUGCUUUGGACAGUUCUGAUGCUCCCUGCACUGGCAUCCCCUCUGCUCCCCGUGACCUUAGCUAUGAAAUUGUUGGCUCCAAUGUGCUCCUGACCUGGCGCCUCCCCAAGGACCUGGGUGGCCGCAAGGAUGUUUUCUUCAACGUCAUCUGCAAAGUAUGCCCAUCAGGGUCCUCAGGGCCAUGUGUGCGCUGUGGGGACAGCGUACAAUUUGAACCACGCCAAGUAGGCCUGACAGAAAGCCGCGUGCAAGUCUCCAACCUCUUGACUCGUGUGCAGUACACCUUUGAGAUCCAGGCUGUCAACUUGGUGACUGAAUUGAGUUCAGAAACACCCCACUAUGCCACCAUCAAUGUUAGCACCAGCCAGUCAGUCCCCUCUGCUGUCCCAAUGAUGCAUCAGGUGAGUCGUACUACCAGUAGCAUCACACUAUCAUGGCCUCAGCCAGAUCAGCCCAAUGGGAUCAUAAUGGAUUAUCAGUUACGCUACUUUGACAAGGCAGAAGAUGAGGAUAAUUCAUUUACCUUAACUAGUGAAACCAACAUGGCCACCGUAUCAAAUCUGAGCCCAGGCAAGAUCUAUGCCUUCCAAGUACGAGCUAGAACAGCAGUGGGCUAUGGCCCAUACAGUGGAAAGAUGUAUUUCCAGGCUUUAAUGGAAGGGGAGCGCUCGGAGAUGGUGCAGGACCGACUGCCGCUUAUCGUGGGCUCAGCGCUUGGUGGUCUAGCCUUCUUGGUAAUUGCUGCCAUUGCCAUCCUUGCCAUCAUCUUCAAGAGUAAAAGGCGAGAGACUCCAUACACAGACCGCCUGCAGCAAUAUAUCAGUGCACGAGGACUUGGAGUGAAGUAUUACAUUGAUCCAUCGACCUAUGAAGAUCCCAAUGAAGCUAUUCGAGAAUUUGCCAAGGAGAUUGAUGUGUCCUUCAUCAAGAUUGAGGAGGUCAUUGGAUCAGGAGAGUUUGGAGAGGUGUGCUUUGGGCGUCUGAAACACCCAGGGAAGCGUGAGUACACAGUAGCUAUUAAGACCCUGAAGUCAGGUUACACAGAUGAGCAGCGGCGGGAGUUCCUGAGCGAGGCCAGCAUCAUGGGGCAAUUUGAGCAUCCCAAUGUCAUCCAUCUGGAGGGUGUGGUGACCAAGAGCCGACCAGUCAUGAUUGUCACAGAGUUCAUGGAGAAUGGAUCACUGGAUUCCUUCCUCAGGCAGAAGGAGGGACAGUUCAGUAUGUUACAGCUGGUGGGGAUGCUACGGGGGAUAGCAGCUGGCAUGCGCUACCUUUCAGACAUGAACUAUGUGCAUCGUGACCUGGCAGCACGUAACAUCUUAGUCAACAGUAACCUUGUGUGCAAGGUGUCAGACUUUGGUUUAUCCCGUUUUCUGGAGGAUGAUGCUUCAAAUCCCACCUAUACUGGAGCUCUGGGCUGCAAAAUCCCAAUCCGUUGGACUGCCCCUGAAGCUGUCCAGUAUCGCAAGUUCACCUCCUCCAGUGAUGUCUGGAGCUAUGGCAUUGUCAUGUGGGAGGUGAUGUCCUAUGGUGAGAGGCCUUACUGGGACAUGUCCAAUCAGGAUGUAAUUAACGCCAUUGACCAGGACUAUCGCUUACCACCACCACCAGACUGCCCAACUGUUUUGCACCUGCUGAUGCUUGACUGCUGGCAGAAGGAGCGGGUCCAGAGACCCAAAUUUGAGCAAAUAGUCAGUGCCCUAGAUAAAAUGAUCCGCAAGCCAUCUGCCCUCAAAGCUACUGGCACUGGAAGUAGCAGACCAACUCAGCCCCUACUGAGCAACUGUCCUCCGGAUUUCCCGUCUCUCAACAAUGCCCAUGAGUGGUUGGAUGCAAUCAAGAUGGGCCAUUACAAGGAGAAUUUUGACCAGGCUGGUCUGAUUACAUUUGAUGUCAUAUCACGCAUGACUCUGGAAGAUAUCCAGCGUAUUGGCGUCACCCCUGUUGGUCACCAGAAAAAGAUUCUAAACAGCAUCCAGCUCAUGCGAGUCCAUUUGAAUCAGCUUGAACCAGUUGAAGUGUGAUGUUUGCACCAUCCUUAUUCCACUAGUCUCAAACUCUGGAAAGGUUCUGGGAGAAUUCAGAGGGAUUUCCACUGUAAGAAAAAGAGAUGUCAGUAUGCUGAAGACUUAAUACACCCAGAGAGUGCACACUACAUGUCCUGUUCCAUGAACAAAAACAAAGCUUUGCCGUGAUUUGGAAGCACAGCUAAAUAACUGGUGGCAUUUAAAUGCGGCUGACAUCAUACACUAGGAUUGGGUUGGGGGAGGGAGAAGUUAUAACAUGGGGAGGAAAUAGAAUAAUAGCUUGGACAGAUCACAAGCACCUUUUGCUUCUCUGCCAACAAAAGGUAUCAGACAACUUUACAAAGCCAUCAGCAGGCUUUAUUGGUGGCUGGGAGCCCAGCAAAGCUACAAAGACAUCAUAAAGGCAACAAAAAAUUACCUUUUUUUCCCCAAAGAAUGCCAUCAUGGUGUGAGAGAUUAUUUUUUAGAUGGAGAUGAGCAUCCUGGUAGUAUGCCAGGCUGUUCCAGAACUCAAGCAAUAAAACAUGUCUCCUGGUAAAGAAGUUGAGAGUAAAGGGCUCAAAAUUC